AUCUACCUUCUCCCGCCCAUCUCUCACUUCUCACAUUCUUGAAUCUUAAAUCUUGUCAUCCUUCUGGGAAGGGGUUUUUUCGUUUCUUCACCUAUCCACUCGUUCCUGUCCCUGGUUGGCACUCGACUUUCGUUCUCUGUAUAUACCAUUAAUACCUACUCCCAACCCGACAAUAAUACUCACCCAUACCGAGAAUCAAAAUGCGCGCCUCUAUCGCCCUAGCCCUUGCCGGCACUGCCGCUGCUCUGCCUAAGAUCCCCUUCGUCGCAUCCUCCGACGUGAUCACUCUAAGCAACACCAACACAGCCGCCAUCACCGCGCGCCAAAGCAGCGCGAAAGCCUGCUUCGUGAUCGGCUCCACCACGCUCCCCGCCGAAGUCGCCGACGUAGCUGCGAGCCUUGCCUCGAGCGUAACGUGUUCUACAUCUAAGAAGACGAUCUCGGGCGUCCCGGAUGUGACCUCGGGAUCGACGACCUUCUCCUCGAUCGACUUCAGCCAAUCGAGCCAGACGGCGCUACAAUUCGCUCUCUCUAAGUUCGCGACCGCGAGCCCGCUUGCUAGCACCGACCUAAAGACCUUCCAGGAUCAGCUGAACGUGUAUCAGGCGACGGAGGCCGGUAUCCGCAGUGUCGGUGGCUCGCUCGCCAUCAAGGUGCCCAAGUUCUUCCUCGAGAUGCAGGUCAGCCGUAUCCAGACAGCCCAGGGGAACGCGCCUAAGGCCGCCGGUCUCCAGGUCGAUCAUCUCCGAGACAAGGUGUUGAAGAACGCGCCCAAGGAGGCCAAGACCUUACUCGAUCAGGUCACGCAACUCGCGACGCAGCUCAGUUAAAGAGGUGUAGAGGUUAAUAAUCUAUUUUCAUGGAAGAAAUUUGCAGAUGAGGCAUGGGUCACCUAAGAGCGUAGUCCUAGCUAGUACG